CCGUCUGGAGUUGAUGGGCGCGGUGAUGGGGGCCAGGAUGAACCAAGCCGUUCUGGACACGCACUCCUAUCAAAUCAACCGCACCGUUUUCUGGACAGACUCGCGCACCGUAUGCAGUUGGAUCAAUGCCGAUCAACAUCGGUACAAGCAAUUCGUCGCCUUCCGACCAAACUAAAUAUCGCCGACGUGCUGACGAAGUGGGGGCAAGGUCCGCCGUUGCAGAGCGACGGAGAAUGGUUCAACGGACCGGCGUUCCUGUAUCGGCCCCAAGACCAGUGGCCAACCCAAGAAGCGUCCAUUGAGGAGACGGACGAAGAAGCCAGAGGAAUCGUGUUGUUCCACGGUGCGAUCGACGUCAACCCGAUUUCCCGUUGGACGAAGUUGCUGAGGGUGACAGCGAGUGUGGUGCGCUUCAACGACAACUGCCGGCGAAAAUGUAGAGGAGAACCGAUACUGACCACGUGGGCUACAGCGAAACAGCGGCAGCUAACCCAACACGUUGCGGCCAACUAUCCUUCGGUGAAAGCCCCACUGGGCCAAGAAGAGCUUCGACGGGCAGAGACAAUCCUAUGGCGUCAAGCACAGUGGGACAGUUUUCCGGAUGAAAUGAGUGCGCUCACAAACAAUCUGGGGCGUCAGCCGGGCGGCCCAAUAUCGGUCGUCAAGAAAUGCAGUCCGAUCUUCAAGAGUUCGCCGGUGCUGGACGAUAAAGGUGUGCUGCGGAUGGACGGGCGGCUCGCGAACGCGGAUGAGAGCUCUUUCGACAAAAGGCAUCCGAUAAUCCUGUCCCGGUCCCAUGAAGUAACGCAAAAGCUGAUCCAGUACUAUCACGAGCAGUUCGGACAUGCCAAUUCGGAGACCGUGUUCAACGAGAUGCGGCAGCGGUUCCAGAUACCGAAAAUGCGACCGGCGAUACAGCAGGUGGUGAGCAAGUGCGUCUGGUGCAAGAUGAACAAGUGCCGGCCGCUUUCUCCGAGGAUGGCUCCACUUCCAGUGGAACGAGUAACGUCCCACCUUCGGCCAUUCAGCUCCGUGGGCCUUGACUACCUAGGUCCGGUAGAAGUUGCGGUCGGUCGGCGAAAGGAGAAGCGAUGGGUGGCAGUCUUCACCUGCAUGGCCGUACGGGCGGUGCACCUUGAGGUCGUCCAUAGUCUCACGACGGAGUCGUGUCGGAUGGCCAUCGCUCGGUUCUGUAGCAAAUUCGGCAAACCGAACAAUAUCUUCUCCGAUAAUGCCACUUGCUUUCGGGGAGCAAGUAACGAGAUGGAGAAAAUCAAUAAAGCAUGCGCGGAGGGUGUUAGCAGUUCAUCAACCGCCUGGCACUUCAUUCCGCCCGCAACGCCGCACAUGGGUGGCGUCUGGGAGCGGAUGGUACGGUCGGUGAAGGAAGCCAUGCGCGCACUCGACGAUGGACGAAGGCUGACGGACGAGAUCCUGGCGACAACACUGGCGGAGGCGGCCGACAUGAUCAACACGCGGCCACUAACAUAUUUGCCGCAGGACUCGACCGAAACGGAAGCACUGACGCCGAACCACUUCCUACGAGGAACGGUGUCUGGUGCGGACGUGAAGGUGGAGGAAUCAUCUACACCCGCAGAAGCUCUGCGGAACUUGUACAAGCGUUCCCAAUUUCUUGCGGACCGCAUGUGGGAACGGUGGAGCAGGGAGUACCUUCCUACGAUCAACCGACGGUCGAAAUGGUUCGACGAUCGACAGCCGCUCCAAGAGGGCGACUUGGUCUUCGUAGUCGACGGCAAAAACCGGAAGUGCUGGAGACGCGGCGUCAUCGAGGCAGUCAUCCAGGGCUCGGAUGGCCGAGUCCGACAGGUAGACGUUAGGACCGCCGACGGUAAGGUACAGCGACGAGGCGUGGUAAAUUUAGCGGCACUGGAGGUAAAGUAAAUCCGGAGUAUGCCGGAUGUUACGGGCUGAGGUGUUACGAUGCCGCAUUAAAAUAAAAUUUAUUUUCUUUUGUGAAUUUUGAACCAGUCUAAAAGUGAACCUGUCUAGCCGUAGCAUAACUGAAGCAUGACAGUUCACGUGCGGCUGUAGUGGUAGGUGGGAAGAGAUAUGAGAUGGAUGAUGUAGAAUAAGAGAUGCAUAAAAACAACAGACAAGAUUCGUAGGAAUAUUUUCGCCAUUGCAAAUUAAUUAAAGUUGAAGUCGACAGUUUUGCUGUUUGUUAGAGUUAUCACAAAUUGAAUUGGAUUAUAAAAAAGAAUUCGGCAAAGUGCGGUAAAUAUUGAUAUAGUAAAAAUCGUGCCCAAAUAUCAAUAUCCGGUGAAUCCUGAAAUAGGGAAUAUUUCCGAAAAUUACCGCGCCAGAGGAUUCUCUCUCUUCACGCAGCAUACACCAAAUUAGGGUAACUGUUCCAAGUUUGAUCCAACUUGGUUGGAGAAUUAAAAAGGGUAUUCGUGACCGAGGAAACCACUUAUUUGUGAGUAGUUAGUAAUUAAGUUUGAUUAAAUGUGAAUGUUAAAUGUGUUAUUUGCUAAUAAAUUACAGUUAAGCGUUGCUUCAAAAAACCUGAGCCGCUGUAAAAAUCUGGUUUCCCUCUCGGGAACAAUAAUAUUCGAAUUAAAUUGUCUUUACCUAUGGUUGCACAUGGUAACCAUCUUACCUUUCCUACACAUCACACACAAAAACACCUUCGAUUUCUAAUGAAACAAUCAUUUGAAUUUCUAUCAAAUUACCAUAAUAGUGGAUCCCCAACCCCCAUGGGGUCCUCUAUUGGGUAGAUCAUUAUUCUAUUACCAAGUUAAAUCGGUGAUAAAAUAAGGGUGAUUAGAUUUAAACAAUAAUAGUUCCCUAGACUUGUUUAUAUUAACAGUUUUGGUUGAGUAAUCGAAUUAUCGCUUUCCAGCCUAGUUUCACCACAUGGAACCAUGGAACUGCUGUCCAGGAACAUGAGCCAUGAGAUUUGAACAGGAAAUUCGAGAAUAAUUGCAGGGAGUCCACUAUUGGCUAAAAUACCCUACCUACUUUGGUUCAAUAU